AAUAUAAAAGUUUAUUUGUCUCAAAAUUUCAAUCAUUAAGAAUUGCAUACGUUAUCUCCCCCUCAUCUGUGUGCUUUUAAUUGUUUUCAGAUGUCAGAGCAGUUCAAUCGGGAAUUAUCUUUGACUGGUAAAAUUCCGUCAGGCCUUUUCAAUGCUAUGUUUGAAUUUUCUGGGAGUUGGCAGAAAGAUGCAGCCCAUACCAAAACCCUUGCUUUUGACGGGGUGUUAAUCACACUUUACACUGUUGCAUUAGAGAAGUCUCAGUUAGUACUCUGUGAUCAUGUUAAAAAGGCUGUACCACCAUCUUGGGACCCACCUGAAUUAGCAAGAUUUAUUGAGACCUUUGGUACCCAUAUUGUUGUUGGAAUGAAAAUGGGAGGAAAGGAUGUAAUAUAUUUGAAGCAGCAGCACUCAUCAGCUCUCCAACCUGCUGAUGUUCAAAAAAGACUGAAAGAGAUGGCAGAUAGGAGAUUUAUGGAUGCUACUGGCCAAUAUACAAUUGCUUCAGAUCAAGUUUUCCCAAAUGAAAAGGUUUGUGAAUAACUUUAUGCAUUUUUUUUCAUGAUUUGUUUACAAUUAGAAUAGUUAAAGUCAUUUUUUGUAUCUUUCUAUUACCUUUUUAUCUUCGAUCUUUGUAGUAACUUAGCACUGUCACAUUAUAGAUAUUAUUCCGCUGGUGUGGUUAACCACCCCCUUCCCCCCGGUGGCACACCCAAAAAAAAAAAAAGGAAAGAAAACUGCAUGUUGCCUUUUGUCUGAUAUAAAUUUCUACCUAAGGUUGUUAAUAAAUAGAUCUCUUUUAU